AUGUCACUGGCCAAAGCCGCCUUGAUGACCCUAGGACUUCUACAGUGCGUAGUCUUCGUCUUUGGUGUUGUGGAGGCUGUCUUCCCAGAUCAACUUGAUCUUGUCUCCGGCCCGCUCAAAGACAGCUUCUUGUUCCGGAAUGAUCCAACUGCAAUGUGGAAGAAGGAUCUUGACGCACUCACGGCAGACGUCCAGCCUGUCAUGUGUCACUCCCACAACGAUUACUGGCGGCGAGAACCUCUAUACAGCGCGAUUGCGGCAGGAUGCACCGGCGUCGAAGCAGACGUAUGGCUGUUGGGCAACGAGCUAUACGUGGCGCACACUGCAUCAGGCAUACGGCGAAACAGGACUCUGGAGACUCUCUAUUUGGAUCCUCUGAAACAGAUCCUCGAUCACAGAAAUACACUGCCCGAUUUUCUGGAUCCCGCCGCCCUGGAUAGCAGCCGACGCGUGGGUGUCUUUGACACCAAACCCGAGCAGUCGCUUGUUCUGUUGGUGGACAUUAAGAAUAAGCCGAUAGGGGCCUUUAAGAAUAAGCCGGAAGAGGCUUGGAGUCGACUUCAUGCCCUGCUCGCACGAUUCCGCGACCGGAAGUACCUCACUUAUCUUAACGGAUCCGACUUGGUCAGUGGACCUCUGACCGUUGUCGUCUCUGGCCAUGCACCCUUCAGUCGUGUCGUUCAGAAUUCAACAUAUAGAGACAUUUUCUACGAUGCACCUCUUCACGACUUGGCUGAUCUACCGGGGAUAUCUCCACAGUCUUCCCCAUCAACGGCGCUCAAUGUCCGUGCUGACGACACCACACCAUCCAUUGAGCUAGUUUCUCAACCACCAGCCGGCUUAGCGACCAGCUAUUCUUCUUCCAACUCGUAUUAUGCUUCCACUUCUUUCCGACGCUCCAUCGGCCGUCCUUACCACUCCUCCCUCACCCAACCCCAACUUGACAAAAUCCGACGGCAGAUCCGUUCGGCCCACGCCAGGGGCCUGAAGGUCCGAUAUUGGGAUAUUCCCGCUUGGCCCAUUGGGUUGAGAGACUACCUCUGGAGGGUAUUGGUGAGGGAAGGGGUGGACUAUCUGAGUGUCGACGACAUUGAGGAUGUACGGUGGAAAGACUGGGGCCCGAGGAAAGGUGGCUGGGGAAAGAAGUGGUGGAGGUGA